AGUCGUGGCGAAAGGCGAGUCUCCAUCGAUCGCCUCCGGCGCCAUGUGUGAUGCUCGCAUGGCUGCUGCUCAAUGUAUGCGCCGCGCAGCGCCUGAAGGAAUACAACCUUUGGGUUUGCCCCCACUGCGAGCGCGGGGUGAAGGUAGCAGAUGUGACCGACCUCAGCUGCGAGGUGGGCCCCCCCGGCUCCGGCGGCAUCGAGUGGCCCUGGGUCAAGAAGGCGCUGCGGGAGUUCUUGGGGAACCUGCGACUGCCGCCCCACGAGCGCAGCGAUGCGGCCGAGGUCGACAAAUUGCUGCAGCUGGUUUCAGCGCCGCUGCAGGGUGAGUGCUACAUUGGCAUCAUCGCCCUCGGGUUCUUCUCCUACCACUUCAUGGAGCCCACGGAGCGGCAGGAGUUCCUACGGACGACGGUCUUCGGGGGAGUGACCUUCCAGAAGGCGGUGCCGCUGUCCUACUGGGACGUCUACACUUCGGGCUGGCCCAUCUUUGGACUGCUGGCGGCGGCCGCGGAAACUGUCCAGAAUGACCUGAGCCUUGGUCUUCCUGCAGCUCAGCCCGACGUGGGCAUGACCGGCAUAGACCUGGGCCAGAGGCGCAACUUCGAUUUUCCAGGUGGGCCUGCGACAAAGGAAGAUCGCCUCUUCAUGGUCGCCCUCGCGGACAACAUCGGAGGUUCGGCCUGGCUGAAUCGGGAGCAGCCCUCACCGCCUUUGCCUUUGGCCAACUCUUUAGAGUACCUCGUGCAGACAGCCUACCGGAGCUGCUCCUGGGGACGUGCCACGGCCUACUUCGCUGCCGCGGAGCGGCUGCUGACGACGAACGCCGCCUCCGCGGCGGUCUGGAACUCCACCCGGGCGCUGGUGGCCUUGGGAGAGCACAACCUCGACGGCUGCGAGCCAAAUGUCACGGUGUUCCACGAGAUGCAGUCAGUUUGGCCAUUCUGGCAGAUCCUCGGUAGACUGGAGAUGCGCGAUCUUCACAAGAAGGCGCCGAUCAUGACGCCGGCGCCUCUGCCGCCCCCAGCGCUGCCGGGAAACGUGCGGCUGAAGUGGCGGCGCUUGCUGCAGGCCAGGGGCCAGGCCGAGGAGCCGGACGUGCAGCGGAGCUCGGAGUCCGCCUACCCGGAGGAGUGGGGCAUCUGCCUGAGGGACGGAGCCAUGGCGCACAUCGCGCUGUCUGCAGAUCUGGCCCAAAUCGACGGCCUCAUCGUCACUCUGCAAAGCGCGGUGUCCUCUGGCAACGCCACGCGUUUGUGCUUCCACGCCUUUGUACUGCAAGACCAGCGGGACUUCCUGGUGGAGGGCCUCCAGUGUGCCUUCGGCGCCAGCCUCCGGCCACUUCGAGGGCCCUUUGCGGGGCAACUCCUCGCUGGCUUCGCCUUGGGCACCGCGCGGCUGCUGAUCCACCGUUUGGACCCAGAGCAGGUUUGGACGGAGGUGGGCUUGAACUCCAGCCGCUCGGGCGCAGUGAUGCUGGGGGAGACCGACCUCAGCCACUCGUUGCGCUCCGACACGGGGAACCUGGGUGCGGCGCACAACUUUGCGCGCUUCUUGCUGCACCAGCUGCUGCCGGGCCUGUCGCGGGUGGUCUACCUUGACGUGGACGUGGUUGUGAAGGGAGACCUGACCGAGCUCUUUGACACCCCUAUGCGCACCGAGAAGGGCGCUCACGGCACCGUGGCGGCAGUGCAGCGGAGCAACCAGCCCCUGAAGGUCUACGUGGACGUCUUGCAGCCUGCGGUGCCCCGGUGGCUGCCCAGCGAGGCGCCCUCCUUCAACGCCGGCGUGAUGGUGAUCGACCUGGAGAGAUGGAGGCGGCGCCAGGCCUCGCGCUUCGUGGCGGAGUGGAUCGCCACCAACGCGCGCCGCCGCCUUUGGCUGCACGGCUCACAGCCGCCGCUGCUGCUGCUCUUCCACGACGAGGUGGUGCCGCUGCAUUGGUCUUGGAACGUGGAUGGCCUCGGGCACCGGCUGAACUACCCGAAGCACGUGCUGAACGAAGCGCGGGUGCUGCACUGGACGGGGCCUCUGAAGCCCUGGCGCCACCACGGGGUGAACCGGAAGCUUUGGGAGCCCUACGCGCGGGAGUACUGUCCCAAGUACUCCUUCCGCGAGCACACGACAACUUGCAGACCCGACAGCUGGUUCUGCUGAGUGCGAAAAAAGCACGUUUGCGGCCGUCCUCACGGUGCUAGCAAGCUGCGUGGUUGAGCAUGAUCAGCAAGGGCUUUCCUGGACAUUUCAUUCUUG